CGAAGUUAGCAGGGGAGCAUAUGCCGCCCGGACCGACUAUGCAUUUUCCUCAAGAGCUUCCUCUAGCAAACAUUUUGUAAGCUAUUACACCACAGUCUAUAUAAACGAAGCUCCCUCUUCUGGAUCUUCCACAAUUAAGUUGCUAUAGAGCUGCCAUAUCCACUUGAUUGAAGAUCCAUCUCCAACGGAUUGAAGCGUGACUUGGAUCAAGCAACGCAGAAUGUUGACCAAGGCGGUGGACCUCCGGUCGGACACUGUGACGAAGCCCUCGGAGGCUAUGCGCGCUGCCAUGGCUGCAGCGGACGUGGACGACGACGUUCUGGGCUCGGACCCGACCGCCCACCGCUUCGAGACGGAGAUGGCCAGGAUGAUGGGCAAGGAGGCGGCCCUGUUCGUGCCGUCGGGCACCAUGGCCAACCUCGUCUCCGCCCUCGUGCACUGCGACACCAGGGGCAGCGAGGUCAUCCUCGGCGACAACUCCCACAUGCACAUCUACGAGAACGGCGGCAUGUCCACCAUCGGCGGCGUCCACCCUAGGACCGUCCGCAACAAUCCCGACGGCACCAUGGACAUCGACAGGAUCGUCGCCGCCAUUAGGCAUCCGAACGGGCUGUGUUAUCCUACCACCAGGCUGAUAUGCUUGGAGAACACACAGGGAAAUUGUGGUGGAAAGUGUCUGUCUGUAGAAUACACGGACAAGGUUGGGGAAGUUGCUAAAACUCAUGGCUUGAAGCUUCACAUUGACGGAGCUCGAAUUUUCAAUGCUUCAGUGGCACUUGGAGUUCCUGUUGAUAGACUUGUGAGGGCUGCGGAUUCAGUGUCGGUAUGCCUAUCGAAAGGGUUAGGUGCCCCUGUUGGAUCAGUUAUUGUUGGUUCCAAGGCCUUCAUAGAGAAGGCUAAAAUCCUUAGAAAGACCUUAGGUGGUGGAAUGAGGCAGGUGGGAGUUCUAUGUGCUGCUGCUCAUGUUGGAGUCCGCGACACUGUAGGCAAGCUUGCCGAUGACCAUAGGAGGGCUAAAGUCUUAGCAGAUGGACUGAAGAAAAUUAAACAGCUUACAGUUGAUUUAACUUCAGUCGAGACCAAUAUGGUAUACUUCGACAUUACGGAUCCACUGAUAUCACCUGGCAAGCUCUGUCAAGUUCUGGAACAGCGCAACGUGCUGGCAAUGGCAGUAACCUCAAAGAGUGUCAGACUUGUGACCCAUUACCAAAUUUCGGACAGCGAUGUCCAGUACGCGUUGACAUGCAUCGAGGAAGCAGUUGAGGAAAUACUGUUAGGCAAUGCUAAAUUCGGGCAUUUGACAAAUGGUGUAACGGCAAAUUCAUAUGGGAACUAGGUGGUCACUUCCAUUCGCCCCAACUAUGCAAUCAAACGGAUGCAAUGUUCGGCUUGUUUGCUGUUGUGGAUGUUUUAAUAACAACUCUGCAGAAUAAUCUUUUGCCGUCUCUUUUUUCA